ACAACUGCUUCAGAGAUCAUUUCUAGGAUCUUUAUAAUUGGUUCAAGUGUCGAGUCUAAUAUAAACAAAGGCUGAUUUACAAGCCAUCUGUCUGAGGCGGAGAGCAGAAAAUGGCAUCAACCCUAUACGAGAACGUGGAAGAUUGGCACUCAAAUGAGGAUCGAAAAGAUUUACUCUCAUCUGGCGAAAUAGAGUCACUUCAGGUCAAAGGAGAUAUCGAAGAGCACGAUGAUGGAUAUGAAGAAAUAUGUCCAAAACAACAACCACAGGAUGAAAAAACUGAAAGAGAGCUGGAUGGUGUGGAUGGAAAUGCAAAGGAAAAUGGUCACGAGUGUAGUGAUGAAAACGGCAACGGUAUUGAUGAAGAACUCGAUGAAGAUGAGGUAAAUGAUGACGAAGAAACAGUGAAUGGCAGUAAGCGUGACCAAGAUGAUCAGGACAAAGACGAAAGCGUCGAGACACUUGCCGAAACGAACGGAGAAGAGGCCACAUCAUCAGUACCUUAUUAUGGAAGAACUCUGGUAGCUCCCGAGUAUAUGAACUUUCUUCCUCCCGAAUUCGAAGAAACUUCUCAGGCUGGAGAGGGGAAUGAAGCAGAAAAAGAUUCUGCCCAAAGCACCUUACUGAAAGAAUUCAAAGAUCAAAUUAAAGAGGACCGCAAAGAAGAUCAGAGGGCAGAAGAAACAUCCGUUCAAACUGUUGAGAAUGAGAAAGAGAAUGAAGACGACUUAAGUUCGCCCGAAGAAGAAUUGGACGAAGUUGAAAGUGAAGUUGAAAAAAAAGAAGAUGGAUGACAGUCUUGUACCGUUGAGAGGGUGGAACAGAGCGAAGGA